AAUUUUCUGACUUCUACACAGGUGGCUGCUGGAGGAAGGAAGGAGAGUAGAUGAACAGGGAGAGCUGGAGUCUCUUCUCCCAGCAGACAGAGGAAGCAAGCGUGGCUGAAGUCUCCCAGUCUUGUGAAAGCCACAGCCCCACCUGGGAGCUGGGUGGUGGCCGGGGCAAUGGUAGCGGCCCUGAAGAUGCCCCAUGGCUACUGAGGGUGCUGCCAGGCAGAAGAUCAGAGUGGCGGGCAUGGUGUGCAGCCUGUGGGUCCUGAUCCUAGGGCCCUCGGUGCUGGCUCUGGAAGAGGUGCUGCUGGACACCACAGGAGAGACCUCUGAGAUUGGCUGGCUCACCUACCCUCCAGGUGGGUGGGACGAGGUGAGCGUGCUGGACGACCAGCGCCGCCUGACGCGGACCUUCGAGGCGUGCCACGUGGCAGGGGCCCCCGCGGGCGCUGCGCAGGACAAUUGGCUGCAGACGCAUUUUGUGGAGCGGAGAGGGGCCCAGAGGGCCCACAUCAGACUCCACUUCUCCGUGCGUGCCUGCGCCAGCCUGGGCGUGAGCGGGGGCACCUGCCGGGAGACCUUCACUCUCUACUACCGCCAGGCUGAGGAGCCCGACAGCCCUGGCAGCAGCCCUGCCUGGCACCUCAAGCGCUGGACCAAAGUGGACACUAUCGCAGCGGACGAGAGCUUCCCAGCCUCCUCCUCUUCGUCCUCCUCCGCGUGGGCUGCAGGGCCCCACAGGACGGGGCAGCGGGCCGGGCUGCAGCUGAACGUCAAGGAGCGCAGCUUUGGCCCUCUGACCCAGCGCGGCUUCUACGUGGCCUUCCAGGACACGGGGGCCUGCCUGGCCCUGGUAGCCGUGAAGCUCUUCUCCUACACCUGCGCCCCUGUGCUUCGGGCCUUUGCCUCCUUUCCUGAGACGCAGGCCAGUGGGGCUGGGGGGGCUUCCCUGGUGGCAGCUGUGGGCACCUGUGUGGCUCACGCAGAGCUGGAGGAGGAUGGCGUGGGCGGCCAGGCCGGAGGCAGCCCCCCCAGGCUGCACUGCAAUGGGGAAGGCAAGUGGAUGGUGGCCGUCGGGGGCUGCCGCUGCCAGCCAGGACACCAGCCCGCACGUGGAGACAAAGCCUGCCAAGCCUGCCCCGCUGGGACCUAUAAGGCCUCCGCCGGGAAUGCCCCCUGCUCGCCGUGCCCUGCUCGCAGCCAGUCGGCUGACCCUGCAGCCCCUAUCUGCCCCUGCCUUCAGGGCUUCUAUCGGGCCAGCUCCGACCCACCAGAGGCCCCCUGCACUGGCCCUCCUUCAGCUCCCCGGGAGCUUUGGUUUGAGGUGCAAGGCUCUGUGCUCAUGCUGCAUUGGCGCCUGCCGCAGGAGCUGGGGGGACGAGGGGACCUUCUCUUCAACGUUGUGUGCAAGGAGUGUGGAGGCCACCAGGAGCCCGGCGGUGGGGGCACUUGUCGCCGCUGCAGGGAUGAGGUGCAUUUUGAUCCCCGCCAGAGGGGCCUGACUGAGAGUCGAGUGUUAGUCGGAGGGCUCCGAGCGCACGUGCCCUACAUCUUGGAGGUGCAAGCUGUCAACGGGGUGACUGAGCUCAGCCCUGACCCUCCUCAGGCUACAGCCAUCAAUGUCAGCACCAGCCACGAAGUCCCCUCUGCAGUGCCUGUGGUACACCAAGUGAGCCGGGCAGCCAACAGCAUCACCGUGUCCUGGCCACAGCCCGACCAGGCCAAUGGGAACAUCCUUGACUACCAGCUCCGCUACUAUGACCAGGCAGAGGACGAAUCGCACUCCUUCACCCUGACCAGCGAGACCAACACUGCCACCGUGACACAGCUGAGCCCCGGCCACAUCUACGGCUUCCAAGUGCGAGCACGGACUGCCGCAGGCCACGGUCCAUACGGAGGCAAGGUCUAUUUCCAGACACUGCCGCAAGGUGAGCUGUCCUCUCCACUCCCAGAAAAGUUGUCCUUGGUGAUUGGCUCCAUCCUAGGGGCCUUGGCCUUCCUCCUACUGGCGGCUAUCACUGUGCUUGUCGUCAUCUUCCAACGGAAGCGGCGUGGGACAGGAUACACGGAACAGCUACAGCAGUACAGCAGCCCAGGGCUUGGGGUAAAGUAUUACAUUGACCCUUCUACAUAUGAGGACCCCUGCCAGGCCAUCCGAGAACUCGCCCGAGAAGUUGACCCUGCAUAUAUCAAGAUCGAGGAGGUCAUUGGAGCAGGUUCUUUUGGAGAAGUGCGUCGGGGCCGCCUGCAGCCCAGGGGACGGCGUGAACAGGCUGUGGCCAUCCAGGCCCUGUGGACUGGGGGUGCUGAAAGCCUGCAGAUGACCUUCCUGGGCCGGGCCGCACUGCUGGGUCAGUUCCAGCACCCCAACAUCCUGCGGCUGGAGGGCGUAGUCACCAAGAGCCGACCUCUUAUGGUGCUGACGGAGCUCAUGGAGCUUGGGCCCCUGGACAGCUUCCUCAGGCAGCGAGAGGGCCAGUUCAGCAGCCUGCAGCUGGUGGCCAUGCAGCGGGGAGUGGCUGCCGCCAUGCAGUACCUGGCCAGCUUUGCCUUUGUGCACCGCGCGCUCUCUGCCCGAAGUGUGCUGGUGAACAGCCACCUGGUGUGCAAGGUGGCACGUCUUGGCCACAGUCCUCAGAGACAGAGGCAAAGAGAAGGAACCGGGAGGCCAGAAGAACUGCAACACUCUAGCAUCAGCACCUGCCAGCUCCCUAGCACUCGGAAGAGCUCAAGUUGUUUGCUUCGCUGGGCAGCCCCCGAGGUCAUUGCCCAUGGGAAGCACACCACAUCCAGUGACGUCUGGAGCUUCGGGAUACUCAUGUGGGAAGUGAUGAGCUAUGGAGAACGCCCCUACUGGGACAUGAGUGAGCAGGAGGUCCUAAACGCAAUAGAGCAGGAGUUCCGGCUGCCUCCACCUCCAGGCUGUCCUCCCGGACUACAUCUGCUGAUGCUGGACACCUGGCAGAAGGACCGUGCCCGGCGGCCUCACUUUGACCAGCUGGUGGCUGCCUUCGACAAGAUGAUCCGCAAGCCGGACACACUGCAGGCCGAUGGGGGUUCAGGGGACAGACCUUCCCAGGCCCUCUUGAAACCUGUGGCCCUGGACUUUCCUUGUCUGGACUCGCCCCAGGCCUGGCUUGCAGCCAUUGGACUGGAGUGCUACCAGGACAACUUCUCCAGGUUUGGCCUCUGCACCUUCAGUGAUGUGGCUCAGCUCAGCCUGGAAGACCUGCCUGCCCUCGGCAUCACCCUGGCUGGCCACCAGAAGAAGCUGCUGUACAAUGUCCAGCUCCUCCAGCAGCAUCUGAGGCAGCCGGGCUCCGUGGAGGUGUGAAUGUGGCCUGGUUGAGAAGCCGUGCACUGACUAUGCCCAGGACCCAGCUGGAUGCAGGUCCAAGGAGGGACGUGUGAGACGUGAGCCAGGCUCCACCUCCACCUCCGUGCCUGCCAGUCAACCCGGCCCUUGGGAAACGCAAACUGUAUUCCCCAGUCCUCCGCCUGCCGCUCACCUCCCCCACAUUAAAGGGAAAGAAGGGAA